AUGCGUUGUAACAGAGUUAAUUUACCACGCCAGUUAGUCCUAGGAACAGCGAUGCAAAGCUUGAAAAAUACGCAUUCCGGUGGAGGCUCUACCGAGCUCACUCCCAAGCAAUUGAGGCAGCUGGCAAAACAAGAAAGGAGGCGAAAGUAUGCUGACCUAGCCAUCCAGGGCACCAAUAACUCUUCCAUCGCUUCCAAAAGGUCUGUGGAACGUCUAUAUUUAUCAAAAAUGGGAGUCAAUGAAAGUGUAGAUGAACCGGGUUUAUCAAGGGAAUAUUUCAAGUUCUUUGUGCCCAAACCUCUAAGACGAUCCCCGUGCAUUAAUCGAGGUUACUGGCUUAGAAUAUAUGCGGUGAAGUCCAAAAUUGAUGCAAUUGCUGCGGCUACCAUGGACCAAAGGAUUGUAGUCAUCAAUCUGGGCUGUGGAUUUGAUCCCCUGCCAUUUCAACUCCUGGAUCCUCUCAACAAGCAAAACAAGCAAUAUCAAAAUCGACUAUCUUUCGUUGAUCUGGAUUAUCCAGACCUUCUCCAAAACAAGAAGAAAAUUAUCGAGAGCUCUCCUGAGCUUACUGCAAUCGUGGGUGAUUGGAAAAAGAGCAAUCGCGGAAAUGGGAUUUAUGAGGCUGAAAAGUAUAUACUUGCGGCUUGUGACCUCAAUUUGGCAAGUGGAUUCCAGGCGUUGAUGAGUUCGCUUGAACUUGAAGAUCCUUCUGUCAUAAAGAUCUUCGUAGCUGAAGUGUCAUUGGCCUACAUGAAGACUUCGAAAGCAAACGAAAUCAUCACAGCUUGUGGUCAAUUGGAUAAUUCCCAUUUUAUCAUACUGGAGCAGCUGUUGCCCGUCGGUCCUUCUGAGCCUUUCUCUAAGCAGAUGCUCAAACAUUUCAGGAAAAAUGACUCGCCAUUGCAGUCAGUCGAGAAUAUCCCAACUAAAAUUGCACAACAAGCGCGGUUCCAAGAGUGUGGAUUUCCGUAUACGAAUAUUGGAAAUAUGUACCAAUUAUGGGAGACUAUUGCUGAUAACGUGAAGGAUCAAAUCGAGUCCAUCGAAGCUUUCGACGAAUUGGAGGAGUUUUUCUUGUUCUGUCACCACUACGUUAUUGGGCACUCUACUAACGUAUCCGAUUUUCUGUUCCAACCAAAAUUUCUUCUCAAUGGCCAAGAUGACAAGCAAGAUUUCAGCACUCGUACGAUGAGUGUUCUACCUAAUUCGUUAGCGGAUGGAGUGCUCGAAAGAAAGUUCGGUGCGUCCGCAAUGCUUCCAUCAGGGGAGAUUAUUUACGCCCAAGGAUGUUUCAACAGCAGACUGGACGACGUUUUGAUAAUCAACCCAGUAUUGCAUACGGUCAAAAACUUAGAUAUCAACGCAUCGGCAGGUGGUCCCCAGGGCCGCAUGUGCCACACAUUGACCCACAUAGAUGGGGAUCUCUGCCUGAUGGCUGGUGGCAGAGGUGGCCCAAAUCAAGCUUUCUCUGAUACUUGGCUUCUUAAAAGGGCGGGAAAAGGUGACGGCGAAAGCGACUGGCACUUUCAAAAAGGUUUAUCAUUACCUGAGCCUCGCUAUAGGCACGCUGCUUGUGCCCUGAAUGCCUCUGAAGUUUUAAUAUUCGGUGGUCGUACAGACGGUGGUAAAUUUUUGAUCUAUGACAGCCUCAAUAACACUAUUCUCUCCCCUGCUGUACAAGGCAAUGUUCCUUUGCUGAAAUCAGCAGCGUUAGCUUUCAAUAAGGACGAUCAGGUUGGAGUCAUCGUAGGAGGAUCUACCCAAAAUGAUGAAGUCCAAGACAAAAUGAUCACUUUCAAGUACGACGGCCGUACCAGAACUAUCAUAAUCGAAAACGUUCAUUUUCAUCCUCUAUUCAAAAGAUACGGCUCUAAAUGUAUUUUCACCUGCAAAGGAAGAGUGCUGAUAAUUGGAGGAUCGGGCCCAGAAGUCUUACUUGGACAAAAAACGUCAAUAAUCGAGGUAUGUCUUGACAGCGGUCAAAUUACUCUAAUAGAAGUUCCGAAGUCAGUAUGGGACACUGGCCUUCCUAUGUUAGUGGGAUUUGAAGUACAACGCACUUCACAAGACAAAUACUACAUCCUUGGCGGAGGUGCAGUUUGUUACGGAUUUGGUUCGGUUUGGAAUUCAGGGCUCCACUUUCAAAUAGCCUCUCAUUGA